UCGAAACGAGCACGUUCGGUGGUGAUUUUGCCUACUUUGGCUUUUUGUAAAGCAGAGACAACAAAAUUAAAGCUUAUUAAAUCAGAAAAUAGUACAUACGAAUAUUUAAAAUGAAAAUAACUUAGUUCCCGACUUCUUUGUUAACUUACAGUUCCUUAUUUUUCCAACUGACUAACAGUAAAGGUUGUUAGAAACAGUUCAUAACAGCUCCGAUACAGAAAUUAAACGACAAUGCCACGUCUUCCUCAGAGGCCGUCAUAUCUGAUAAUCAGGUUCUCCAUGUACGGAUGUACCAACCGACCGUACUUCCGUAUUGUUGUCAUGCCCAAUCGGAAACCUCGCCAGGGUCGGGUUCUCGAACAAAUAGGAAGUUACGAUCCUCUUCCAAACAUGCACAAUGAGAAGCUUGUAGCGGUUAACUUUGAAAGAAUGAAGUACUGGAUAGCGAAUGGAGCAAAGCUGUCUCUACCAGUGGAGAAACUUUUGGGUCUUGGUGGAUUCUUUCCCAUUCAUCCAAUGACUUACAUUGAAGCAGAGAGAAAUAGAAAGGAGAUCCUUGCUGAAGUAGAGAAGCUGAAAGCAGCAGAAAGUGAAAGUUCUGCUCCCAGCUGAUGUUGGCAGAUACUGCAGCCCGACGGGUCACAGGAUCCAUUCUUGUGAUGGACCGAAAUAAUAAUAUACAAUAGUUAAUUGCAGGGGCGGAUCCAGGAACUCUUUUGUGCAUGUGUGUGUGGGGGGGGGGGGGGGGGAGGCACCAAUCGGAAGAGGGCACAUGGACUACCUUGUCAAAUGGACAUUCCAAUGGAAAAAAUAGAAAAAGAUGAAAAUUGAAUAUUGUUUAGAAAGGUGGAGCAGGACCUUGGUCCAGCCAUCUUGGAUUUGCCUCCCAAGUUGUGUGCCCAAAGUACCCUUGCAAACUAACAAGAUAAUAGACUGAUUGGAGUGUGUGCAUUGCUUGUGAAAAAGUAAAAGAGAAAAACAGUUUUCUCCUAAUGUGGGCUCAAGUCAUAUAGCCAUAUAAUACUAACACGAGUCAUUGUAUAUUUAGUAUUUCCUCUUCAAAUGAUCAAUAUUUGUUUUACUUGUAACAUUUGAAGAUUACGAAUUCAAUUCGCAUGGAGUUAGAGAUAAAAUAUAGCAAAUAUUC